GUGCUAUUCCUUUAUUUCGUAACAAUACAUCUAUGAGUAUCUAGCCAAUGUAGUACGAAAGGCAGGUUCCCUUUGGGUUUGCAUAUUUUACAGAAAAAUAGUACAGUCUAUUUUUCAAACACGUGCGUUGAACACCUUGCUGUCGGAGGUUCUACAGUUUUCACUUGUUGAACUGAAGCUCAGUCUAUGGACUGAUUACGUUAUGAGGAAUCUAGAGCUUUUGAGGAGCUUUCCUGUACUGGAGUUGGAUGGGUUAGAGUCGUCCUUCUGUUUGACAGUUGACUCAGAGUGUGGAGUUAUCUAUACAGCCACCAAUUCAGGAAUAACUGGUUUCCAACCUUCCAACCAACAGGUAUAAGCUUAUAAUGAUUUCUGUGAUUGUUUCUCUACACACACUUUUAGUUUGGAAAUGGAAGGGAGGUACUAAGUAAACUCAGCAGGGGAGGUGAUGGGGAAUUUAAGACAUACAGUUUGUAUUUGCAGAGAUGCCAACCUCUGGAAAUCUCAAAUCUGGAGACUUUCUCUUUUACAUUACCCCCCUCCCCCCUGAAUAUCAGUGACCAACCAUUCCCCUCCCCUGACUCCGACCCUCCUGAUAAGCACGAUUCAAUCCAGUCCUAUAAUGCCCUAAGCCACUCCCAUGUGAUAAAUAUAUGAAGUCUCACAUUAAGUACAGACCAUCACAAUUCGCUGUUAUGAUAAUCUUUGUCAGUGACGAAAUACAUACAAAAUGCCCCAGAAACGGAACUAUGAAUCAAAGAAAAUUCAAAUUUUAGAAGAAAAUGGGGUAAAUUCCACAUUAAAGCACAGAAAAGCUCAUAACUUGAUUUUAUGCCGGAGAUUUUGUGACCCAUAUGGGAGAGCAAGAGAUUGGUGUCAUAUCCAGGAGAGCUAGCAUGUAUGUAUGUAUAUGUCUUGGUAAAACAGAAACCAGUUCAGCCAGAGGCAGAAGGGGGGGUACACCCAUGUAUUGUGAUACAUGUAUAUAGCAAUCCUGAAAGCACUUUGUUCUUUAUGCAGAUAGUGAGCUCUGUUUCACUUGUGACUGAUGGAUACUUACCUGAUGAUGGCACUGGAAGAGUAACAGGAAUACAACAUUUACCAGAUUUGGAGUCUAUAUGUGUAGCUACAGGCAAAGGUGAUGUUAUUCUCUGGAAUACAGUCACUGAACAGGCAAGUUCUUAGCAAAAUUAAUUGCCAUAGAAUAAUAUUUUGUUAUAAGCAACUCACUGAACCUCCAAAAAUAUUAUCUUCUCAUUUAUGUUUUUAGGAGACCUCUCAGGCAAUUCCAGACAAAUUUUUUGGGCGAUAAAGAAGUUUUUAAAGCAUAUCAUCCUUUUGUCCUUAGCUCAGAUCCUACAUGUAAACUUCUAACUAACUCUCUUUCUGAAGAGUUACAGAUCUAACUGUGCAGUUUUAUUUGAACCGAUCAGAAACAGAGAGCCACUAUUUUUGAAUGAAUAACAAGUAAUUGCACCUGAUGUUGUAGUUUGAGUGUGACUUGUCUAAUGUUGUUGUUCUUCAGCUUGAGUGUGUUGGCAGUGUUGACAGUGGACUGAGGUGCAUGGCCUGGAGUCCAGACCAAGAACUUGUUGUUUUCAUGACAGGUUUGUCUUCCUACUUUUAGUCCUACAUUUUAACGGGCUAACCAGGGUAACCUACGUGCACCACUGACAAAGCUUAACUCUGGUUAAAUCCGUCUGCCAAACUGGGCCAAAAUCCUUGUUCUGGGCCCCAAGCUGUGUACCAGGAUUUCAGUAUGCAUCAUGAUUGGCCUGUUGUAGAAGCCAUUGUCGAUUUGCCAAUCAAGAUAAAAGGAAAUUCGAUAUGUACUUCUGGUAAUUCGUUGAGUCUGUUGGGGGCCCAGAAUAAGGAUAUCGGUACUGCUUCGCAGAUGUUGCUGAGGUUAAAGUACGUCUGCGGCUCAGGCUAACCAGGGCUUGAAAAAGUCCAAGCUGGCACAUUGUAGUCUAUGACAAGUAGAGUUACGUGCUGUGCAAGUAACUUUUAAAGCUUACUCGCCCAAUGGGCAAGGGUCCAGCAAGUCUUCCUCUAACAAAAUCAUUGACUAAUACAAGCAAGAAGUGGCCCUAGGCAAUUAAAAUGGAGAGCUUAGCUUGCCCAAAAGACAAACUGGAAUUCAAGUUUUUUUUUAGCCCUGUUAACCAUAUACUUUUAUCUUCUGAUGUCGGAGCUCAAUCCACGUGUGCUCGAAGUGACACGAGUGGAGCCCUUUACCUACAUGUAAGAAAAUUUAGUAAUCUAUCCAUGCGAUAAAUUUGGUGAAUCAUGUGACUGAUGUCCACCUGUCUGUCCGUCCACACCACCUCGAAACCAAUGUGGAACGUCAAACUUUAUACUAGCUUAGUGUGGGAGCCUGUAACCUGUGUUUAACUUAUAUUAUGGUUAAUUGACAGCUGUCAAAACAGGGUAUCUGCUGACCAGUGUCACAUGACCGUAUCGCUGGCUCAGGUGCCAACUCAUCAACAUCAAGUGUUUUUUAAAGUUUUUCGCUGACCAGUUGUUAGCUUUUAAUCAAUUGCAGGCUCAAGUUUGUUUUUCAGUCGUACAGUAUGUUGUAAGGUUCUCCCCUAAAGUUAAGAAGUAUAGAUUUAUAGAUUUCUUUGCAGUGGUAAAGAGUCCAUUGUCUGUAAUUAAUUUAAAAUGCAUAAACGGGAGCUUCACUUUUAGCUCUGGCUAAAUCUGUAUAUUAUGUCAGGAAUGUAAGAUUAGGACAGUUAAGGGAGGUGGGCUGGCUGUUUCAUGGUGGUUGUUUAUAUAUUUAGUUAUUUAUUUCUCCUAGCUUCUCAUCCACCCUUUCCAAAAUUUUUUGUGUAAACUAUACAUGGACUGAAAAAGGAGAAGUUCCAUUUUGAUUUCAGAUAUUAAUUAAAAGUUUUAACUUUCUAGGAGAAGAAACUCUUAUUAUGAUGACUAAAGAUUUUGAUCCAAUAUCAGAGUUCCCUUUCCAUUCAGAGGAGUUUGGAGAAGGUAUGCCAUCUUUGGAAUACAUGUUAACUUUCUAUACAAUCUCUUAUUUUGAUGUAAACAGUAAUAAAGUAAGAAGGAAACUACAUGUAGGUAAAGUUUGCAUGCAAGCUAAGUGGUUUGGACAGGAGUGUAACUUGAUUUCUGUAGCAUGAAGGGACUAGGAAUACUGUAAAUGUCUGCUCAUACCCCCCUCCCCCUACAUUAUAUGCCCAUCUACCUGUAAAACAAAAAAAUUUAUCCAGUUAUAAGUACCCCUCUAUCAUAAACUGAAAUGAAUUCGAUUUUUUACAAUGUUUUAAAGCUUUAUUAAAAAUGCAAAUAAAUACAAAGUAUUUUGAUCAGCACUGCUAGGUAACUUGUUAAGAAAUGCUUUUUUAGUCUGGUUAUAAGCCUGCCUACAUCUCCCCGCGCCCCCUCCCAUCUAUAAGCCCUCCUGAUCCUGGUAGGGCCUGAAGCUGAACCUCUCGAUAUGCAGUGAUGUACCCAAGGAAAAAUUAAGCAGCCUUUUUUAUCUGUCAAGCUGGCAUUUUUCUCAACUGCACCUCAAAAUUUCCCUGUUUACCAGAGAAAAUGAGUUCAUUAAGUUUGUCAGUUAAGUGAAAUUAGCCAGCAGCUUUCUCUGUGUGAGAUCCCUUGAUAUGGAGGACUUCCAAAGCACUAGCUACUAAGCCACCCUUCCCACUAGUAAUAAAACAACAGCAAAGAAAUUAGUGGUUGUUGCACUUUAUAACACUGUAUUGGUUUAUCCCUAAUUAUUGUUUUACCUCUAGAAAAGCCAAUAACAGUUGGAUGGGGAAAGAAAGAAACUCAGUUUCAUGGAUCAGAAGGAAAACCCACAGCUGCCAGUUUGCAACAAGUUGUAAGUUCAUGUUCACAAUGGACUGUCUGAAAUCCCAGCAACUUUUAUGUACAGUGAAAAUUAAGGCUCACCUACUGAAACGUAGCUGUUUCUUAUGCAAUUAACAGACUGCAAGACCUGCGACAGAAUGGGAUGACAAGAUGCCAAGAAUAUGCUGGCGUGGUGAUGGACAGUUUUUUGUUGUCAGUGCAAUCAACCCUAGAACAGGUUAUAAUGCGAAACUGAAUUCUCCAGCUUCUUAAUUGCAUUGCGUGUUUUUUUUUGUAUUUGUUAUUAUGGUAAAUGUCCAGUCACAUGUACAUGUGUAUGUUGAGCAUAUUUGUAAGAUUUGUACUUCACAUUAUUUUUGUUGCUUUGUUCACAGGUUCAAGGAUGCUACGAGUUUGGAGCAGAGAGGGGGUGUUAAGUUCAACUAGUGAAACUGUGGAUGGUUUGGAGCAAGCCUUGUUUUGGAAGUAAUAAAAUUAUUAAUUGCAAAUGCAUUACUGUGUACAGUUGAACCUCUCCACAGUGGCCACCUUGGGACAGAAAGUAGCCAUUGUAGAGAGGUGGCCAUUAAUGCAGGUUCAACUGUAUUAUCACCAUCUCUCUCACUUUACUGUGGCAAAAAACCAUUACAUUAGGCAUUACUGCUAGUAUCUAACAAGUUGAAAAGUUUUUCUUGGCUACAAGUCAGUGUUACAUUGUAAAUUCUGUAUUUUAAUGCUUGAUCGCUAUGAUGCUACAGGUUUUCAACAAAAACCGAACAUACAUUCUUUAGGCAUCACAACACUAACAACCCAGCACACAUGGCAUUGUGGGAUGUCUACAGUGUAAUACGUAUACUUCCGGUUGACUUAAACAACCUAAACAUCAGGUUUAAUACACUACAUCCCUCCUAUUUUUUUAGAGCAUAAUGGAAUGUCCAAAAUGAAACAAGAACGAAAUGUUCAAUACUGGAGAGAGAAAUCAAGUUCAGUUCCUUAACAUGUUAAACAGGGUACAGCUGUAAGAUGCUCCGCCAGUAACAAAGUCCAGUCAUGCCUUUGACAGUUCGUAAUCAUCAAAUUGUUUAGGAAGUCUAAUACAUGUAGUUGGAGUUGGUCUUGGGCUUGUUUAAAGCAUAGCUGAACUUGGGUUAACUGUCUGCUGCAUUGAAAUUGGGCUAGCAGUUGGUUGAAGUGGUGCCACUGAUUCUGAUUCUGAUUCUGAAGUACCAUUCUCUUGGUACUUCAAAAGUGACACAUUUCGUUUUAUUUCCACACCAUUUUUCUUCCUUAAUUUGACUUCCUCUCUAUUUCUGUCUAUGACUUCACAAGGACUGCGGUCGUAAUUUUGAGACAGUUUGUUUGUUUUGGUGUUUCUCAAUAAUACUUAGUCCCUAGCCUCCACUUGACCCUCAACUGCAUGUCUCUUUGUGUCCACGUUAUCUUUCUGUGUCAUUUUUCUUGCCUAGUCCCGGGCACGGAUUUCUUGAUUGGUGAUGGGUGCCUCACGUCUUAACUCUGGCAACUUUGACCACAUUUCUUACCCAAACAUUAAGCAGAAUAGUGCUACACCAGUUGUCAUUUGAGUAUCCUUUCCUUCAAUUUGAGCUACCUGGAUCACUUUCUACCCCCCCCCCCCCCCCUCUCCUUGGGGCCCCAGGGGGGGGGAUUUUCGGUGUUCUACCCCAUUUUCCGCAGGGAAGACUCUGAACUCCUCUAAAAUAACCAAAGGACCCUUUCCCGUUUUAAGUGUGGGGGGAACCCAAAACACAGAAAAUAGUGGUCCAUUUUUGUGUCUUUUUUUUUGCCGUGCCCGGGGCCGCGUUUUUUUUGGUGGGGGGGGGGGCCUCCCCCUUUAAACUCGGGAACUUUUCCCCCUUUUUUUUCCCAAACUUUAAAGAAAAAUUGUCUUCCCCCUUUUUUUUUUUGUUUUCCUUCCCUUCCAUUUUGGCUCCCCGGGUGCCUUUUUCCCCCCCCCCCCCCCCAUCUGCUUGGGGCCACAGAGGGGGAGAUGUUCGGUGUUCUAUCCCAUUUUCCGCAAGGAAGACUCUGAACUCCUCUAAAAUGAACUAAGGACCAUUGUCCGUUUUAAGUGUGUGGGGAACUCCAAACCUAGUAAAUAGUGGCUCAAGGUUGUCGAUGACUUUUGUGCUUGUAGUUGACCUGAGGAUAACUACUUCAAAAUAUCUGCUAUAAUAGUCCACUAUAACAAGUAAAUUCUCUCCUGACGGUAAAGGACCCAAUAUGUCUGCAGCACAAUUUUGCCAUGGUCCACUUAGUGGGUUAGCUUGUGUCAUAGGUUCUGGAGCGGAAUAUUCGCUAACAGCUUGACAGCCAUGACUACUAUUGCAUAAUUUUUCUGCAUCUGCAUCUACCUUCGGCCACCACACCUUACUACACUAUCUACACUUUCCACAUUCCUUGAUGUCCUUCAUGAGCCAAUUUCAGGGUAUUCUCCCAUAACUCUUGGGGAUUACAUUAUUCUCAAACCACGCAGCAGUAACUGACCAUAAGGACACAGUUCAUUCUUCACAUGGAAAUAGGCAGGUACAUUAGAAGCACUCCAGUCUCCCGUACGCAAACAUUCUUUCACAAGCCUUAUUUCUGGGCCUCCUGCUGAAGCUUUCUCGAUCUCGGAGGGUGUCAGAGCAGAAGGAGUGCUAUUGUCAACUAUGCCACGAACAUGGUCAUGGUGUUCUUCAUCACCACUGGGUACUCUACAAUUUAGCCUUGACAAUGCAUCUGCAAUAUUGGUUCUUCCUGAUCUGUAGAUGACCUUAAGUCAUAGGCUUGCAAGUGGAAAAACCACUGUUCCACACGAGCGGAAGGCUUUGAUUUCAGUGAAUACAAUUAUCUAUUCCAAUUCAAAAUUCCUUCCAAAAAUGUGCAUGUUAAAGUGUUCGCAAGCCAACACCAGUGCCAGGGCUGUACCUCCUUUCUACAUCUGUCAGACCUCUUGAAGCAUAAGCAAUAACCCUUCUCUCAACCCCCUGCAAUUGAAUCAACACUACCCCUAAACCAACUGGUGAUGCAUCCGCCACAAUCGUUGUCUUACUGUUUACAUUGAAGUGAGCUAAUGCACUUGUACUUGUGAUCAGUUCCUUUAACUCAAAUGAAGCCUGUUUUUCAGACUGCUACUUGAACUCCACAUUCUUGUGAGUUAAUCUCUGGAUGGGCUCUGCAACAGUUGACAGGUCUGUAUAAACUAAGACGCAAAUUAAGCCAGACCCAGGAAUGAUCGUGUGUCACGGGCAUUCUUGGUGGAUAUGCGUUCCGGAUUUCUGUGACCCUCUCCUCACCAGUUUCUACCCCAUUCUGUGUCACUUGAUGGCCAAAAAAAUUAAUGUCAACCUUGGUAACUCGAACUCACAUUAAUUUGUCCCCAUUCAAUGUCAAACCCACCUCCUUUAACCAAUAAUAUUGAGCACAACAAAAAGCCUCUCAUCAUGCUGCUCAAUACCCUUUCCAUGAAUAACUAGGUCAUCCACAAUAUUGAUGACCCCCUCACAACCACGCAGUACAUCCCGGGUGACUUGUUGAUACACGUAGUUUUUUCGGGUGCUGAGGUCACCCCAAACAUGGAAAAGACUGCAGUGAGUCACAAUUGUUGUCACAUGAUUACUCUCCUCUGCAAGACGUAUCUGACGAAAUCCUCACUUCAGGUCCACAUGGCUAAAUGCUGUGCUGCCAUUCAGUCUCAGAGAACUUCUUUAACCGUGGGAAUGGGCUGAUGUUCUCUAAUAAUUUCUUGGUUGGCACACCUCAUGUCAAUGCAGAUUGUAACAUCACCAUCAGGUUUGGGUGCAACAACAAGUGGAGAGACCCAACUGGUUGGUCCCUCUGGUACUUCUUCUAUGAUUUCACAAGCCAGCAACUCAUCUAACUUUUUCUCCACUUUCUCUCUCACACCAAAUGGGAUUCUUUGGACGGGUUGUGCAACCGGUUUUACAAAAGUAUCGAUGUUAAGUUUCAACUCGUAGCCCUUCAAGAGACCCACCCCGUUAAACACUUCUUUGUAUUUGUCCUGUAUGUCUUGGUCUGUGGUCUCUACCCCAACAUUGUUCACAGAAUGUAUGGGACCAAUGUGUAGUAGGUUCAGUUUUUCCACUGUCUCAACAUAGAAGGGUCCUGCCAUCUCCAUCUAUAACCACAAAGUCAGCUUCAACAGUAAUGUUAGUGUUGGUACACAAUAUGGGCUGUAAAUGUUCCUAAGGUUGGUAGUGGUUUGGUGUUCCCAUAGGCAAAUAAGACCCUGGCAUCUUUUCGGGUUUUGCACUGAAUUUUCUGAGUCUUAAGCCACUCCCACAUUGGUUUGCCUAGCAGGGUGGUUGUUGCACCUGAGUCAAUUAGAACAUUUGGCACAUUUCCACUAUUUUGUCAUGUCUCAUCUCCUACAGAAAACACAUACUCAGGACCAAUGCUCGGUCUUUCAUCCUGCUCUACACUUUUGCUUUCAUUGCCAUCACCAUCUACAUUAUUUGUGUUUGUCUUCUUGUCGCUAUCACUUAUCUUUUGCUCAACUUUCCUACCCCAACCAUAGAGACCUGGUCUUUCCCACUGCUGAAAAUUUUGAGAUGUCCCUCUCCAACACCACUUUAAAGUGACCAAUUUCUUCACACUGUUCACAUUUAUGACCCCCUUGCAGGACAUCUAUCCCUUGCAAAACGAUCAUCCUGGCCACAGUUAAAACAACCCUUCCUGUCACCUUUCCCAUUCAAUGCAGUAUCAGUUAAAUUAUUGACCUGUUCUGAAUUAGUGUUCCCUCCCAUUACUACCAUUUGUAAAUCAUCUGCUUCCUGAGCUCUAGCAGUUAUUAAGAGAUCAUUCAGAGUAAUGCUACCAUCUCUUUCAAGGAACUUUCAACACAACUUCGCAGAAUGACAUUUAUCAAUUAACUGGUCCAUGUGUUGAACAACUCUGUGGGGACCUUUCAAACUUUGCCAUUGAGAAUCAUAAUUGAAAGUGGAAAUGGGCAGUUGACAAAGGAGAGUGAAGUGAAGAUGUGUCCCUGCAGUGACUGGAAGCUAUCAAGUUAAAAAAGUUUAGGGCAAGUAAAGUUAGGUGGCCUCACCUUGUGUAGUGUGAUGGAUUGGUGGACUUAUUGAUUGGGGUUGAUUAUGCUGAACCCGUUGCUCAUUUGGGACUGCAGGGAUGGAUUUGUAUUGGACCUGACCUGAUGGUAGAACACAAUCUGGAACAAGAACGAAAACCACCCAAACAUUGUUAAUCAAGGAUACAGGGCUGACUGGUGUAACUGAAGUUGUUGUGAGCUGGAUCAAACACUCAAGUGUUUUGUGGAGAUCAAGAGUGAUGGGACAUUAGUAAGCGAUAGAAUUGUGUGUACUGAAGAGGAAAGAAUCAUUGGUGUUGGACACAGCAAGCAGAUCUGCUCAUUACAAUGAUGGGAGGUACAGUGUUGCAGUGUCUUGGAAAGAACAGAGGCCUUGUUGACUGAAUAGUCAUGCUGGACCAAAACUGCAGCAGGAGUUGUUUGAUGUUUUUCUCUGUUUCCACCGCAACCCAGCUGCCCUAGUUUGUGACAUCCAAGAGAUGUGUCUCCAGAUAGAGUUUGAGUCCAAAAGACCAACCGUUGUUCUGAAUCUUAUGGUGAGAUGGGGAAACAGACUGCAGCCUGGGUGUUGAGUUCUGCAGUCAUUUUUGGAAAGAAGUCAGCCAUGGAAGUCCAGUUUGUUGCACAGAAAAAAUGCUAGGCGUUACCAAAAGCAAAUACCCAUUAGCUGCCAAAACUGUACUUCAGUCUACCUAUAUGGAUGACUCGCUGGACAGUGUUAUAGGAGAAGAGAAAUUGAUUGAACUGUAUCAUCAGCUAGGUGCACUGUGGGAAAAGCAGGCAUACAUACAAGGAGGUGGGUUUCCAUUACCUUUCAGACAAAGUAAUGGCAGUCAUACCAGAAGAAGACCGCACCACGGAAGUGACUAUCAGGGACAAUAGUGAUACAGUCACCACAACACUUGGACUGCAGUGGAAGAGAAAUGAAGAUGCAUUCAUAAUACCUGCAACAGUGAUCCCAUCUGACUAUCCAUUUACCGAGAGUAAUGUUUUAAAGUAGGUCGUGACAGUCUUUGAUCCACUAGGUCUGGUCAGUCCCUUCAUUGUACAAGCACAAAUUAUGCUCCAAGAGUUCUGGAAUUGAGGUUAUGAAUGAGAAGUGGAAGAUGAAGAUGAAAUGGCUUACCACAUAUAGAACUGGUUUUCACAGCUGCCAUGUUUAAAAGAGGUCAAAGUUCCCUAAUGCCUGAGAAAACCACCACAGCCAGUGAAAUGUAAGGAAGCAGUAACCUUUGUUGAUGCCUCACAGCAAGCUUAUGGAGCUGUCACAUUUACCAAGCGGGUAUGAAGAGGGCUCGGUAACCACACAACUAAUAGCCUCUAAUGGCAAAGUAGCACUGUUCACACUUAUUUCUGUACCCAGGCUGGAAUUAAUCAGUGCCAUCGUUGGGUUGAGGUUAACCCAGUCCGUUUCAAGAGAACUAGAAGUACUCUGUAAGGCUGCAUCCUUCUACUCUGACAGCAGGGACAUUUUGUGGUGGAUCUGAGGACGAGGGAGAGUUUUCUGUCCCUUUGUUGCAUUGGCGAAAUACAAAUGCACACAGAUCCAGCUCAAUAACAGUACAUUCCCACUGAACAAAAUAUGGCAGACCUGUGCUCCAGAGGAACUAGUCUAAUCGAACUUGCUGAGUCUCCUCUAUGGUGGGAUGGUCUUGAGUGGCUGAGUAAGAAGAAGAGUGAGUGGCCGAAAAUGCAGCCAGUAGACCAGCCCCCAACCAUCAUGCCAGAGAUGAAAACAGGAAAGAAGCAGGAGACAGAGUUUACCGCAUACAUGUUGCUGCAGACAAACCACCGCAGGCUGGAGAUGGGAUCCAAAGCGCUUCUCCAAUUGGAGCUGAUUAGUCCAUGUUUAUGCAAGAGUGAAGGAGAGCUCUUCUCAACAUGUCAAGAAAGCAAGAAAGGCAGAUCAACAAAGUGUUGUUACAGCAUGAAAUCAGAGAAGCUGAGGAUGAGGUGGUGUGGUCAUGCCAGCGUGAAGCAUUCGUGAACGAUUACAAGGCCUGGGAAGCCAAUGUGGCCAAAGAGCCCACUUUUCAAGCUGAACCCAGUGCUUGAUGAGGAUGGCGGUCUCCUUUCUAAUGAAAGAGUGCAAUUUGCUGAGUACCUGCCAUAUGGUGUACGAUUUCCUAAGUUACUGCUGCGAGGACACUAGGUUACAAAACUCAUUGUUAAGCAUUACCAUGAACAUGCCAACCAUUCAGCAGGUACUAAUUUUCUGCUGUCCCAAAUAAGUGAGAAGUAUUGGGUAAUUGCAGCCCAUGGGGAGAUUCGAGAAUGGGAGGGAGAAUGCAACAUGUGCAAACGAAGGAGGAACAAGUCAUCAACACAGAUCAUGGAUGCUUCCUAAGAUCCACCUUAGGUUCACCUUCCGUCCCUUUGACCAAACAGCAGUGGACUAAGCUGGUCCUUUUACCACGGUACAAGGAAUAGGUGUGCACCAUUAGAAGAGGUGGCUUUGCUUGUUUAUAUGUUUGUCGACUCUUGCAGUUCAUUUGGAAACAGCAUUUGGUCUGGAUACAGACAGCUUUCUGAAUGCCUUCACAGGAAAAAACCAGCCAAAGAGGUGUGCCAAAGGAAAUGAUUGGUGACUGUGGGAUGAACUUCGUGAGAGCUGUCAGUGAACUGAAAGAACUCAGCAGUUAGUUGGACCAAAACAAAAUCUAGCAGGACACAGCUUAUUGACGUGUGAAGUGGAAUUUCAAUCCGCCAGUAACUGUUGAGGAGCUAAUAUUUACUGCUGUUGCUAGAGUUGAGAGCCUACUUAACUCUCAAGCACUUACCUACCAGUCUGCUGAUCCACGAGAUGUUGUACCACUUGCCCAAACCAUUUCCUACAUGGACAGCUUGGUGGCCAAUUUGCACCCGAAACCGUCGACAUCUCAAAGUUCAACCCAUGCAAAUGAUGGCGAAAACUUUUCAUCAAAGCAAGUCUUGUGGAAAAAGUUGCUGGUUUGUUUGUCAGCAGUUUGGGUUAAAACGUUGAUUAAUUUUUUAAUUAACGUUUUGUUAAAAAAUGUAAUAUUUUUUGAUUAUGUGUUUCAUGCAUUUGCUCAGACAUUCCAUCAGCCUGUCUGAAUAUAAUAUUGCUAAUUUUGUGAUCUAGGAAUCAAGUGGAAUGAUCUACUUACUAUUUUCAAAAUUCAUUUUACCACUUAUAUGCAGUGUUAUCAAAGGCUCAUAACCACUUACAUGUACUGCUCAUGAGAACUAAUUCUUUAUUUUUAAUUUAUUUAUUUUUGUAUUUAUUUAUUUACUUAGGUUUGCCAAUUCUUGGCAGGGUCACUGCAACAGCGCGUGGCGCCACUGUGCGGGCCCUUAACAGUUCCUCCACCCCCCAUGAGAGAAAGACCACCACACCAGGAACUACAUCGAUCCCCUGAUCUUUACAAAGAGUGGGUGGGUUCUUUAAUGCCCCACAGAAUUUAUAUCUGCAAGGGUUGCAAGACGGGACCUAUGGUUUAUCUUCCUUAUCCUAGAAGACGAGAAAGUCUAACUGUUUGUAGGUGUCUUUACAAAGGCAGCACUUUCUUCUCACUCGCCAGUUAUUUAAAGACCCUGAGUGUUGGGCCAUCUGGGGUUUGAACCAACAGUGCCUCCCACUCAGCAGACCGGUGCUUAUCCAAUUGAGCUAACUGGGUGGGGGUUAAUAAUAAUAAGAAUAUAAUUAUAUUUCCAUACUGUAUGCCUGGCCAAAGAGGGACAUUCACUUACAGCUAUCGAGUCACUGAGUGACAAGUUCAUCAGAAGUCAUGAGAAACUGUAUUUUUCAACACGUUUUUCUUUCUUUUUUUUUCUUUAUACCUCUUUAGACCAUCUGGCAGCGUGAUAGCUUCAUCCCAACGAAAACCCCAUAGACAUGAGAUCAUUUUCUUUGAAAGAAAUGGCCUUAGACAUGGUGAAUUCAUUUUGCCUUUCAACAAGAUGGAAGUACAAGUAAGCCUGUUUUCAGAUAUUUUAUGUGGCUAAAUGUGAUUUAAUUUAAACUCAAGACAAAUAAUUAUGUUGGCCAGCAGUUAGCCUGCAAGCAAGCUCUCCCAGGGUGCUCUGGUGUACCCCUGGGAUCAUCAGGAGAGCUUCCUCACAGGCUAGCUAGCAGUCUCAAACUCUAACUGUUUAUGGAGGUUUGGGGGGGGGGGGCAGUGUUGGCUAUUUGCACGACUCUAGUAAUUUGACAGUGCUUUUACUGAGACGGGUCAAUCAUUUGGCUCACAUUGCCUUUGCUUGCGGUAGCUAUAGCUGUUUUGCUCCCAGUCCUCCCUGCCCUCUGGAUGCCCUUUGGUAAGUAUCUGCCUAUUUCUCCACUGAGGUUCUCAGUGUGAUGGUGCCUGGUGGCUGUCGCUCACAGGAUGUUCAUGGUUACCUUCUAGGCUUGCUUGUGGCUCCCUUCCAUUUCACCAGGCACCUUCCCCACACCCAUCUACUUUGUUUGUCGAUUGGUUUGAUAAUAAGUUAUAAAAAGUGUUAAAUUUUAGUUGUGGGUUUACUUUGGUCAUGAAAUAUCCAUAAAUGGUUUGUAGUACGUGUAUUAUUUUAUGAAUAAUCUGUGUUUUUUUCAAAGGUUGUAGAGCUGGCAUGGAAUAUAGAUUCAACAGUCUUAGCUGUGUGGGCAGUAGAAUUGCAGUCUCCGGAUUUGACUGAAUCACAGUUUGUUCCAAAGUCUUAUGGUAAAUUUAAGAGUCACUGCUGUCGCAUACAAGAUAACAGAAUCCAUUCUUUCAUUUUAUGCAGUCCCUUGUGUCUGAUCUUUCCUUUUUGUCCAUUUUGCAAAAAAAAAUGCACAUGCAUGCCUCUGGCAAAAAAAAUUCUAAGGAGAAACUGUCUAGGUGUUUUAGGUCUUGCAUGACAGAAUGGCUUUAGUGCGGUGGCCCAGAAGGGUCACACAUGCAAAUUAAACAUGUUGCUGCAAACUAAAAAUUUUACCUGCAAAUUAAAAAUGUUUUAAAAAUAUUACAAACAUGAAACAUGAAUGGGCCGACGGCCGUUAGGCCAGGUCACAAGGCUCAGACCAGGUCCUCAUCACUCGUACUGCGUGCACAGGACUUUUCAUUUUCAAUUUGCAUCAAUAUGUUUUCUAUUUUCAAUUUGCAGCAAAAUUUUUAGUUUGCAUGUACUAUAUUUAAUUUGCAGGUAAUAUUUUUAGUUUGCAUGUACAAUUUUUAAUUUGCAUGUACUAUUUUUAAUUUGCAGCAAGAUUUUUAAUUUGCACGUGUGACCCUUCUGGGCCACCGUGCUUUAGGGUUAAUUAUCUGUACACAAAAAUUGAGUUUUGUGGAACUUGAGUAUUCCCGUUAUGAAUGUGAAAAAUUACUAUAGAUAAAAAAUAUUCAGGGAAGCUUGCCCUUAGACUGUGAUUUUAGUUUUGUUUGUUUGCUUUUACCAGAAAUCUUCAGUAAAAUUAUUAUAAUUACUGGUAAUAAUUUUUCAAUAUUUAGUUAUGGUAUUAUUUUUCUAGUUCAAUUAUGGACUGUAAAUAAUUACCACUGGUACCUUAAGCAACAGCUUGAAUUCCCAGCUUCAUUGAAAGACAGAGUAGCAUGUUUUACGUGGGAUCCUGAAGUCUCUUUGAGGAUGCAUUUAAUGACAAAAGGUAAGAGCUACAUAAAGAGUAUUUAUUAAAAACUCACUUUCAUCCAACAAGGUAUACAAGCACCAGUUGUUUUUGUUUUGAAAUGCUUGCAUCAUUAAAUGUUGCAAUCAGAUUGUUGGUUGGUUCUCUUGUAUGUUCUCAUAAUGUAGAAACUAGCUGUUACUUGUCAUGCAUCGGUUGAACAUGGACCUGUAAGACAGUUUCUAUAUCUACCUUUUAUUUUCCUCCAUCACAAUAAUCAAUGAUUCUUGCAAAUAUAUUACUUGUAACGUUUGGUAACCAGUUUGUAGUUGCUUUGUUGGCUUUAAUAAAAAAACGUUUUGGGCCAAGUUUUGGUGUUAUUAAUUUCUUGGUAGGAGGACAAUAUUUGUGUUACGACUGGUGCUGGGGCACUGUGCAUAGUGAGGGAACCUCUGAACAGAACAUUUCUACAGUGGCAGUGAUAGAUGGAGGUUUGUACAUUGAGAAGUAUAGUGUACCACAAUGUCAAAUGUAAACCAGUUUAAUUUGGUUUAAUUUAAUUCAAUAGAAUUAUUUAGCUUAGCCAGAUAUGGCAGGGGACACCGCAAAAGUGUGCAGCACUUUGAAACACUUUAGUAAUUCUGAGUUAAACAGAUUAAUCUGGGGUUUCCUGGUGUAACCAGUAUUACCCUUUGAUUUCCUGUGAACCUUUGAAAGAUCUUCAAGAGUGCAUUUUGAUGGUAUAGAGCACAAAGAAGUCGAGCAAAGUCAAGCAAGUCGCACAAAGUCAAAUCAGAUUGAAUUUGUGCAACUUGUUGCGGCAACAACAUUCUGUUUCAAAGACAAAAAUUUCACAAAAAUUCUCCAGUGCAUGCAAAAGCGAUUUGUCGCUCUGAUGUGUCGCGAAAUUUGUUGCCUUGUGCAACUUGUUGCAGCCACAUGUUGCCUAGUGUAUUCUGUGCCGUUACAGUACUAAUGUUUAUUAUAUAUCCUUAUUGUUCCCAGCCAAGUUGCUGCUUACACCAAUGGAACACAUGGUUGUUCCUCCACCGAUGUCAGCCCUUACCAUAGAUCUGCCAUCACCAGCAUCAAUUGUUAGCUUUGGUCCAGCACCCAUGUGUAAUGACAUGGCAGUUCUAUUGUCAAAUGGUAGUGUAGCUAUCUACAAAUCACCGGUAGAAAAUGGUGUCAAGGAAAAAUUCAAACCUCCAGGGAAAGCACCGACACUUGUAGCAGCUUACAGGUACUACAAUCUCGAAUGUGCAAUCGAGACGAGUGUAUUGAAAGUUACUGUAAAAUCUAAUGUUUGGUUAAACAAGUACACUUGAACCUCCAUUUACAGCGGUCAUCCUGGGGUUAGUGACUAGUGGCCGCUUGAUAGGUUCGUAACCUGCAAAAACAGCCCUCUCUCCGCGCUUCUCGUCGCUAGGGACGUUUCGCUGAAGCGCAGACGACUCUAUUGGCGAAACGACCCCAGCGGCGCGGAGCAAGGAAGGAUGGCUGUUUUCGUAGGCUAGCAGGUUGGCCGCUUAAUAUUUAGCAUUUGAUAAUCUUUAGCAGAAACAUCGCUUUAUUUUGCCAAAAAAAAACACACACACAACACGCACAAAAACAGGCAACUGCAUGCAACAGGGUUGCAAACGGACGCAACAUGUGACAUCCAACAGUGGUGGUAGAUGUUGUCCAACAAUGCUGCGUCUGUUUGCACGUAGCAUAAACGUAAAAUUAGGUAUUUUCACGUCGUAGUCGUGCAGUGACGGCAAAGAAAUGUACAAAAAAAUUUUAAUGCACGUGCAGACGUGUUGUUUUGCUAAUCAAACUUUUUGCUUUUUUGCCGUUGUCGUUGCCGUCGCUGUCGUCGUUGCUAAAGCUCCCUAAUAUAUCAUCAGGUACCGUGGCUGCUACAAUAGGUGUUUAGCUAUUUCACAAAGCACGCGUGGUGGUUAUGAUUGAUGGUUGAGCAGUAAAGAAUACGUAGCAUAACCAUUAGUGUUUUAUAGUAAGUUACCAGCUUUAACAUCAGACUAAACAUUUUUAAUAUGCAUCUUUAAUUACUCUCAAUGUUAUGACUGAUGGCUUAGCGAUGAAGAAUAGGUAGCUUUAGUGUGUUAUAGUAAGUUAACCCUUGUUAAAAUCAGACUUAUUACUUCUAAGGCUGCGUGCAAACGGAUGCAACAUUGUUGACCAACAACUCCCAACAUUGUUGGAUGUUACAUGUUGCGUCCGUUUGCACACCCUGUUGCAUGUUGUUGGAUGUUGUUGCGUGUUGUUGCGCAAAGUGUGAAACCGGUCAAACUUUUAGCCCCGUGCAAACGGACGCAACAUUGUUGGCUUACAACUCCCAACAUUGUUGGGAGUUGUUGCGCCCGUUUGCACGUAGCCAAAUAUGUAUCUUACUUAACUGUUGUAUCUGACUUGAUUGAUGCUUCUGCUUUGAAGCGUAGACACAACAGAUGAUCCGUCGAUUUGGCGAGGUCCUUUGAGCUGGCGUCAGUUAAUGUGGUGGAAGGAGCGUACACUUUUAGCCUUGGGAUGGGAUUCGAUGACUCAAGCAGACAUUAUUUGUGAACUAGAGAUUGUGACGGAAAAUAACAGCAACAGAAUUGUUAUCAGGUAUUCACUUAAUCAUAUCCCUUAGUGAAAAAAAAGCACUUCAUUUGAAUGUCCAUGUAUUUAGCACCAAAGUAACAAUUGAGGACACUAUUUUUACGUCUCCUACUGGAGACGGGACUGCCAUUUUACGUCAUCCUUUCUGCCACGCGAAGGUCUAGCCAUUUGUAGGGCAAAGGCAGUACCUUCAUUUCUCAGUCUUUUUUAAGACCAUGAGUAUUGGUCUAACCCCCGGGGAACAAACCCGCGACAUUCCGCUCUGCAAGUUAGCGCUCUACCCUACCGGUACCUCCUUUCCCUUCCUCGCGGUCAAUAUCUUGAUUUAAUGCCCAGGCUAAAUGGUACUCACUUGGACCACCUUUGUAUCCAUUUUCAGGCACAAGACAGCAACUGAGGAGCCAGUCCUUCGCCUGUGUUUAAGCUCCUAUUCAGGAUCUGUGUUUGUUGAACUCAUGAGCGGAUCACUGCUUAGAUACAGCUCAGGUAUUUCUCUAGGCUAUCAAGCAGUUUUAAUUCUGUAAUCGGCGGCAAAAUUAGUCGAAACAGUUUGCCCGAAAGGGCCUUUCUGACGUUUUACCCACUUCAAAAGGGUAAAACGAAGCUUCCUCUCUCCCACCCACCUCAUGCAAUGUUGUUGCGCUGUUCUAGCUUCCUGUAGGAAACAACAAACACCCCAAAUGUGAAUGGAGGGGAGGGGUAGGGCGUGGAUUGUUUUGUUCUCCAAAGUUACCCAAUUUGUGUAGGUAAUAGCAUGAUUUGUAGUAAUAUUUUAUACCACGAGUGAUAUUUCGAAAUUGUUAUACGGAAUUUCACUCGCCUAACGGCUCGUGAAAUUUGAGACAAUUCUGAAAUAACACGAGUGGUAUUUAUGUAAAAUAUCACGUACAAAUCAUGCUAUCAUUUGUUUAUACUACUACCCGCAAAACGUUUGUAAUUUUCACAUGUAGGUAUUUCAAAUUAAGCUGAAAUACCACUGCUCUAAGCCAAUCAAAUUGCAGAAAUUUAUCAUGUAGUAGUAUAAGAGGACAAACUCUCGACAACUUUGUCGCCGAUUUUAUCAUCGUGAGAAAGUUGUGUUCGUUUAAUAUUUAUUUCUUUAAUAAACAUCUUGCUCGGUUAAAUGCCACCUUCUCAUCUAAUCAGACCAAAAACAAACUUAAUGGUGGCUUUCUUAUUAAUAGACAUGAUUGGAAUGUCAGUACAUCAUUCGCACUUGAGUGCGUGCCAUGGCUUAAGGUCGGUUAUUAAAACAAGGGCUAGUUCAUACGGCACCGGACGAAUUUUCGACCGGCUAAAAAAUUUGACCAGACACUUUGUUCACACGGAACCGUUCAAUAUUUUCGCGCUGUUCACACGGAACCGACGAACCAGCCAUCUGUCCAUGCGCAGAGCGCUACUAUAGCAAAUCCAAACUGGCGUCUCCCAACCUAGUUACCACGCAUCCAUGCAACUGCGUCUUUGCCGUACGAAAUUUCAGACGGUUAUGGCGUUCACACCUGGCCGGUCAAAUUUUUCGUACAAAAAUUUAGACGGUUAUGGUGUCACAUCGCGUCGGUUAAAUUUUCGCCCAUGCCGGCUUAAACGGCUAAGUUUUACCAUCUGCCCAUGCGCAGAGCGCUAAUAUAGCAAAUCCAAACUGGCGUCUGCCAGCCUAGUUACCACGCAUCCAUGCAACCGCGUCUUUGCUGUACGAAAUUUUAGACGGUCAUGGCGUUCACACCGCGCUAGUUAAAUUUUCGACCAUACCGGCUUAAAAUUUGACCUCGAUUUAAGCGUUCGAAUUUUUGAACGGCUAAGCGUUCAAAUUUUCGUACGGUUAGCUAGGUUCCCUGUGAACGAUACAGAUCAAUGUACGAAUUUCCUGCCGUUCAAAAAUUCUUCCGGUACGGGUUGAAGUAGCCAAAGUCUUCUUGAAGUGCGUUUUAAGAACAUUAGCAAGUAUUUUACCAUUCAUCUCACCAGAACUUUGAGAAGUACAUACCAGCCAUCAGCGCUGAGAUUCAUGGGAUCGUCGUUUUAGUAGCUGUUAUGGGCUAUGAUUGGUUAAUGGUUGCCUUAGAAACCUCGGACCUAUCAAAAUUAAUUUCGUUGCCUAAACGAUCCCAGGAAUCCUAGCGCCGAAAUAAGUACCCUGUCUCUCCAUGCCUUGAGGACUAGCUGGCCCUUUCGUGUUUUCAUUUAGUUAUUAUUUUAUUCUCUUUUGUUUUAGAUUCAAACCAAGCUUCGUUAUCUCCAUGGACAAACAGCCGAGGCGAAGAAGUGUCUCUUCCGCAGCCUUGCCAAUGUGUGAAGAUCGCUUUUGUGGGCAACGAGGUUUGUUAUUUGUGAUGAAAAACAUAUAACAUAUAAAACACAUGGAAAUUACCUGAACAACGAAGGCUGUGAGGAAGAGAUUUAGGAUACACACCUGUAUGCUUAAGAAUAAAUUACUUGCACGCAUCGGCGCUUUUCCGAUUAUUUCUUCCGUCUUGUUCGAAAAAGAAAAGCAAAACUAAGAUUGAAAAGUGAUAACAUGUUACUGGCUUUCAUUAACCAUAUAUGAGUACCAACGAAGCCGGCUCAACGUUUGUGAAGCCAUCAUCAUCAUCAUCAUCAUCGUCAUCAUCAUCGUCGUCGUCGUCAUCACCACCACCACCACCAACAUCAUCAUCAUCAUCAGCAGCAGCAUUUUCAUCAUCAUCAUCAUCAUCAGGCCGUCAUGCUGCCUGUCCAACCCGCCCUGUUUAGUGUUGUUGUCCUGACUCUUACUCAAGACUUGUUCCAUUACUUCUCGAAGGUCCUCACUCGAGUCGUUUUCGGCCUUACCCUCCCUCUUCGACCCUCUGACCUCAGUCCAACCUAGUGCUUUCUAUAUGAAGUAUGUAAAAAAUAAACAUCAUUUAAUCAGAGUUGGUAAUACCGUUUCAGGAGGUUGCCUUAGGUCUUACCCAACAUUCAAGAUUAUAUGUUAACAGCAAAGAGGUGAGUCUAGUUAUUUUUCUCUUUAAACUUAAGCUUUGAUCCUUUACAUCUCCUCUCAGUAAAUUUAAAUCCGUUCUAUGAACCGGCCUUAGGUUAAAUUGCUUUGAAAAGUGGAUUGGUGUAAAACCACUGUCAAACACCUAUUGACCUCUUCUUGCAGUGAAAAUGUGAGCAUUGUUUGAAAGCUUUUUUUGUUGCUGCACCCUUAAUAUUACGUUUUGGAGUCUGACCACCCGAAAGAGAGAAGAAUCAACUUACGGUUGUUAUUAUCGCAAAUUUUUCACGACUCCAUUGUCUCACAAUACCCAGAAGAGACUUGAGCACAAAGAAAAGCAAACCAAAUACAGAAAAAAUGACCAGAAAACCUCGAAGUCAUGGUAGAAUUUAAUAUAUCGAACCUGGACUAUUGGAAUACGUGCUUAAUUUGUGAUUAUUACUACUUAACUUGAUCAGCAAUCUGAAACACCACAAUACAGUUGUAAUAUUGAUAACCGACAUCAGAAAGUCGCGGUGGUUGUAUUUGCUUAUUCUCUUAUCGUACACUUCAUUUUAGGUGGCCUCAAACUGCAGUUCAUUUGCGGUUCAUGAUGAAUUCUUACUACUAACAACGCAUGCGCACACACUGCGUUGUAUCAGCCUAUUACCAAACACUCAAGGUAGGACCCAGUUCUCUCUUAGCGAAGGCCCGAAAAAUUGAUGUUGUCAUAAAUUCAGUAAAAUGCUUACGAAUGUCAUUUCUCUGUCAAGCAAAAGGUAACGUGCGCAAUAUGCGAAAAAUGUUUGAUGCCCAGAAUUGUAGACUAAAUCGUAAAUCAGUUUAUCGUUAGUUGAAAUUGGAGGUGGGUUGUACCAAUCGGUGCAAGCUUAGGGAUCUGUUUACGUGGGGAAAGGAAGAUCCUAGCACCCGGAAGAUCCUUGAAGGCGAAACAGCUUUUCGUUGGGUUUAUAUGCAGAAAUUUUGUCCGUGGGGUUACCACGUAGAGAAGGAAAGUAAAGAUGGCAGGCGACUAUGACAGACGUGCAAUUUGCGCCCUUCUGCUCUCUUUUCUCUCUUUGCUGGUUCAUUUUAUCCCUUCUUCGAGGUAGGCUCGAUUUCCGCCGCUUACUCAGGUGAGGAGCGCUAGCUCAUUACCCAAACAGAGGCCUGUCUUUGUAGGAGACUGGAGGAAAACUUCAAUCUCACCUUCCUCGCGAUCGUGGUCGUCUUUCAACUCAUCCGGAUAUAUUUGACUCGCAGCGUUUAUGACAAUCAGUCGUCGAUUUCUUGAUUCUUUCCUCAGCACUUCCUAUCCUAUUUUUCUGGUUUUCCCCUAGUACUAGGAACUUCCUUGCGACACAAGUUUACAUGAUGCUACGUUCUUCCUCGUACCAGGAUCAUCCCAUUUCUCAGCUAGGAAGCUCCUAGCGCUACAGACAAGUACAACCCUUGGCAUGUAAACUGAAUACAAAAAAGAUAUGGCACUGAGAUGAUCCGCCUUCUAGGAUCUUCUUGCAUUGGUGCUAGGGACCUCCUCCCUGUAUUGCAAAGAGCCCCUUAUAUAGGCCCGCGGGGUGCAAUUCUCUGGUGUAAUUGCUCUUGGGCUGUGUAUUUUAGAUCUAUUUUCAUUUCAUCUAGGGUUACCAAUGUUAGUGGAAGACAAACCACACCCUUUAGAUGAAAACAUCAGGAGUGUCGAGAGAGGCUCGCGAAUAGUAGUGGCUGUUACACAAGACACCAAAGUCGUUCUUCAGGUUUGUGUUUUUAAAGAAUAAAAAUACAGAUUUAGAUUAAGCCAGAAUGAUAGCCUGCGUAGUAAGCUUUUCGGAUAGAGUUAUUGCGCGGAAUUUGUCUCCCUCUUUUUUGCGCUCUCGUUCCAACUUUCUCGACGACUCCGCGCGGAAACGCUUGAUACGCAGGGUACCAAAAUUAUUUUGCCAUUAACGAACAUUUUAUGGCAUUUUGUUUUACAGAGUUUUUUCUAUGCUCUCUUUAAAUCCAAUGAUUAAAGUACCCAAAACGUAAACUUGAAAGUAUGAUCAGUGAAUGUAAAAAUGAUUUACUAAAAAAAAACGUUAUAUUAAUAAUAUUUUCAUACAUUUAUUGUAUCGAGUCGUUCGUUUCAACCUUACUUGGUACCUUUUACAGUUCUGAAUGAGCCUGUAUUACGUGCAGUGCUUCACACUUAGCUAAUGUUUGAGGCUUAAAUCUUUGUUGUUGCCAGAUGCCUCGUGGAAACUUGGAAACCAUCCAUCCGCGUGCAUUAGUAUUGGCUCAUUUACAGAAGUGUUUAGAUGGGUAAGUGUGCUAUUUCGUGUGUUUAAACUGAAAACGUCGAUGCGUUGCUUUGUACUGUAAAUCUUAGAUGAAACUGUCUACACUCGGGACCCGAGGAAAGAAUCAUCCCGCCGGGGAAUCUUCUGUUGUCUUUCAACGGCACUGGAAAGAAACGGGAUCACAACAUCGACCCUGAAAUAUAUAUGCGUUAUUUACGAAGCGUGAGGUCAAUAUGGCUGGAUAUUCGCCAAGUCCUUUUUGCAUUUUUUUUCGAACGAGACAAGGAACGAGGCCAAUAUUCAGCCAUCUUGACUGAUCAACCUUGGUCAAUAAAGGAUUUAUCAAUAUUGCCAAAAAGAGAACUUUUUGCGGGACCAUCGCGGGAAAUCCCGAGCGGGAAGUUGGGUAGCCAAUCAGAACGCAGGAUUCGCUUCAUCUUGCCCACUCGCGGACUUAGCCAUUUAAUAAAAGGUUUCAUUAACUAAAGAUCAUACUAUCAAAUGACUUUAAAACAGAGGAGACUAUGAAGAACUUGACUUGCCACUGGUGAACAAUUCCUUUCCAAAGGCGACGCGAUGGCCACUGUCAUUUUGCUGAUGAGGAUUAACGAAAUAUCCUAAUUCAGUAACUUAAAUCGCUUUGAAUGGGAAACUUUGUUUGUCAUGCCUUUGUUAGAUCAAGGAAACGACACUUUUAGUUGUGCGCUCUUUCGGACUAAAACUAGAUUAAAAUCCGACUUUAAACCCUUUCUCUGUCAGAGUGAACGAUCGAAUCUCGUAUGGCGGUUUUAACUAAUAAGUCUAUGGAUAAAAUCCCACGGUGUGACCAUUCAAAUGAAACCUCUUCAGCAGUACUUUCACAUAGUACUAUUUAUUUAGUACGUUGUUCUAACUUUUGAGUCUGUGGACGAAAUCCUUUGGUGUGACCAUUCAAAUGAAACCUCUUCAGCAGUACUUUCACAUGGUACCACUUCUUUUUCAGCAUUUUACAAAAUAAAAUACAGAUAUUUUGUUGAAUUUUCAAUUUGGUCAAUUUUAGCAGUGACAGAACUGUCAGCGUUCUAAAGUCUUGUGUUUCCUUUCUCUUUAUUCAGUCUUUAUUACCGGGAUGCUUUCAUAGCCAUGCGGCGACAUCGUAUUAACUUGAAUUUAAUACACGACCACAAUCCUAAGGUGAGGUUUAAGAUACUAUGUAGGCCUGGUCCGCUCAUUAACCAACCUUGUUUCAGAGGCUAACGCCUAAAUUUUGUAGCGCAAGAGGUGGUCGACCACCUCAUUAGGUUUAGACGUUGUAGUAUUGUUAAUCGUUUUGUUAGGACGGAGAAAAGUUCAUUUAGUAGGAAAUUACGAAGAAGGGCAGCCAGUGUAGUAGGUAAAGAAGUAAGAAAAUAGAGCUGCCAUUAUGGUUUGCACUGAUGUUUAGUACUCAGGGUUAAGCACUGAUUUAGAGUAGUUAGCUCAGUUUUUGUUAAUCUAUUUGAAACUCCACAGAAAUAUAAUAAAAUGACUGCUACUGUUGGUACCGAUUGCUCCUUUAGUGUAGUGGUUAGGUACAAGAGAUAAAUGUAGAAAACCGGAUUCAAGUCUUCCCAACUCUCUAUACAGCCUUACCUCUUCACUUGACUUCUUCCUUCCUUCACUAUAAAUGGGCCAAAGAAGUCGAUGCCAACGUGACUGAACGGAGGCUGUCCGCGUGUAACACGUUCCUUAGAAAGAUGUGCCAUCUUUUGACUACACACAGGAGCUUGUCGCCCUCUGCAGCUGAAACAAUUCGUGAGAAGUUUAUGUACCACUGAAUUGGCACAGAUAACCCCGAAUUUACUUCGUUGAAGUGACAGAACAUACUCUCCCCCCGAAUGACCAGAUGCAAAAUGAUAGUGCCGCGCUAUCAAGUUCGUAACAUGGUGGUCUUUAGGCAAAGUGAUUUGAUGUUUGGUAUCUUCAGGCAGCGAAGCAUACCGCAUUUAUCCACCGACAUCCAAAAUUCCGUGCACCAGAACGGGCUCUAAACCAAAUAUGCUGCUACCUCUCUUAACUGAACCUCCUUUGAGCCGUUGCCUUGGAACCACAGUUAUAACAUCCACCCAGGCAUUCAAUCUCCUCCUUGAAGUGCUUCUCCCGCCCGAGCAUAAUUGACAAUGCUUCGUCCCGCCUCUCUCAUUUCAAGCACGCUAAUCGGCUCAAUAACAGACUUCACAACCGGUUUCACUGGCUUCUCCUUGUCUCGCACACAGAACUUGCAGAAGCUUGUCUUAUAUCUUAGGAUGUAUGCAACAAACUUCUUAAGGCUGUGCCAGGACGAGAAUCCGUCAAACAACUGGUCAACUUGUAUAGCAUCACCAUCAGUGAGCACAGCACCGACCUUUGCAUCUUUCUUUACUUUAGGAUCGUCUUGAGAGAGCUCUUCCACACCAGGAUAGCUUGGCCAUUGUAUUCUCUCUGCCACUGAAAGGGUGGACCCAUCUUCCACCUGCUGUUUGUAAGCAGCUCAUCAAUCUUGAGACCCCUCGAUAAAUCAUCGGCUGGGUUCAAUUUCGACGACAUGUCUCCAUUGAGAAGGAGAAGAACAGUCAGUGUGACUGUUUGCUACACACUUCAGUACCGAUGUACUAUCUGUUCGGAAAAACGUUCGAUCAAUAGUCAUUCCUAACUCUCGUUUUAUCAUCUCUUCAAGUCUGACAGAGACAGUUGCAGCAGAUAGUUCCAAUCGCGGUACAGUAAUCCUCUUUAGGGGGACGACCCUUGCCUUGGACAUCAUCUGACAUAAUCUGACCUGAUUCGUUCACUAAGCGAAGAUAAGUGACUGCAGUGUAACCAACUUGCGAAGCGUCGCUGAAGUGGUGGUGUUCACAGCUACUAGCAUCUCCAAAACCGCUAGGCUUAAAAUCGUCCCAUUUCAAUCCAUGACAGCAAAGGUUUUGCAGGAUAACUUUAGUAAGUAAUACAAAAGGACUGGCGAACCCCAGGGGGGUCAUACACUGAAGUGACUAAGGACAAUAUACUGCUGCGAGUAGGAGGCUUCUGUUUUAACCUUCACUCUGAAACCAAAUGUGACUGACUCUAGAUUCCACUUGACGGCAAGGGCCCGUUCAGAAGGGAUGUCACCUAACUGAGGAUCCUUCAGACUUCGGUCUCUCUCUGAUUCAGGAAUAGGGGCAAGUCUAGUUCAUGCCAAAGGUCUUUCGGGAUCCGUAGACGCACACUGAUGCUGGAUUAUUCUUAUUCUUCUCACAAACUGCGCGCGCUCCGCGGGAAGACUCCCUUUUAAAUUCGGGACAGUCGUGCAGAUAAUAAUCCCUUGUACACUUCGGACAGAUCUUUGGAUCCAUUCCUUUCACCAGCGGGAUCCUUCUUGCUUUCAUUGCUUCUUCCCUGGUCGGCAUCGUCCCCUUUGAUUUCAAACCUUUUCCCCUUUGGUUUGGAGUAGGUGUUCUUUUCCCUUUCAUGAUCCCAGGAGCGAGCUGAGAUGUCACCAAAAAACUGGGUGUGAAGCAGCACGGGCUUGUUUCUCUACUUAUACUACUACAUGAGAAAUUUCUGCAAUCUGAUUGGCUUAGAGCAGUGGUAUUUCGACUUAAUUUGAAAUACCUACAUGUGAAAAUUACAAACCUUUUGCGGGUAGUAGUAUAAACAAAUAAUAGCAUGAUUUGUACGUGAUAUUUGGCUUAAAUACCACUCGUGAUAUUUCAAAAUUGUCUCAAAUUUCACUCGCCUAACGACCCGUGAAAUUACGUAUAACAAUUUAGAAAUAUCACUCGUGGUAUUUAUGCCAAAUAUCACUACAAAUCAUGCUGUUACCUAUACAAAUACAACAAUUUCUUCAUACUUAAUCUCUCUGUCUUGAUUUUCUGAUAUCUGAUCAGCGAUGUUUCGCUACUUCCUCAAAUCACAAGGUAGCCUAUUGAUGACGCCCCUCCAGCUGUCUGGAUUUUCAAUCUUGCUACUGUAACCAAUACUUUUCAAAGUGUUUCUACAACUUGUUAGCAAGGUCGCAAAGUUCUGCAAUCCUUUUCUGUCUUCAGACUUAAUUGCUGGCCCCCAAGUCACCUUAUCUACCUAAGCUGUGGUAAUCUUGUAACUCUGACCAUGCCGCUGUUUCCGUAAUUUACGGGCUUCGGGAUAACCUUCUUCUGGAUAGCUAAACAACUGUGCAUCAAGUCUUGAACCUCUCCUGCUGUAUACUGACAAGGUAAUACAAUCUUGAACUACUACGUUCUGUCCUUGACUAUAUCAGACGCUCAAAUGCUUUCACAAAGUUUGAAUAUUCAACAGGAUCUCCCCCAAAAACUGGAACUUCAGGCUUAGGCAGGGUAAGGUUAGUGCACUCUUGUAUUACUGAUUAACUAGGCCCUCCAUGCAUUUUGUCUGUUUCUCCUGGAUGUCUACCGUUCUUUCAAUAGCUUCUACACUGGCUUGUGAUUGAUACAUUCCUUGGUCACUGAGGGGCAGAGAUGAAGGAGACCACCCAUAGACCACAGGGUUGAGCCCCUCUCGUUCAACGUUAGUUACUCCUGUUUCUUCACGUUCUUUGAUCUUGCAAUUUUGCGGAGAAAGUUUCUUUAACUUGAGACCUAACUCAAAUGACUGCCUCUUUCCAAAGCAUCUGCUUCUGCAUACACUUGCUCCUUUGCUCCUAUCUGGAUAAGAUCAGUCUUAAUUUUUAACUUCUUCUCUUGCUGCUGCAACUGAAAUUUUCUUUCUGCUAAAGCUUGUUGCUUCACACACAAAUUCAACUUUGCCUCGAAGGCCCUUCUUUUGGCUGAUUCCUCAACAUAUCUUCCGUCUCACAGAACUUGCUUUGCUACCACCAACAGAUCUAUCACCUAAACCUGCCUGACUGACUUAAUCUUCAGGUAACACAUCAGAACCAGCUAAAUUUGCCUUUCCACACUCAACACCGACAAUCCAACCAGCUAUCUUUUCUCUCAAACGACUAACAGCAUGAUACUUGGCGUGAAAAUAAUCAUAAGCUUCCUUAAUGCUACCGACAUCAACAAGGCCCUUCGUGUACAAUUCAUGAGCUCCCUUGAAAUUCUCAAAUACUCGAUUAAGCUCAGAUGUUUUUUUCUUUACACAAUCAACGUCAGCACCAUUGAGUUAGAGUUCACUCCUCUUCCUCGUAAGCACCGGCUUAAAACCAGCUCUAGUUCUUUUCAGUUGGGUACUUUCUUGCACAUGUCUGGCUUCUUGACCACGAGGACCAACCACUUCGUCGCUAACUGCAUUGGCUUCGUAUUCCAUGGAGACACAGGCACGUGUUUAAACUAAUGUACCCGCCAAAACCACAACCUUUAAUUCAAACUCGUGAAACCAACUUUACGAUAAACAUGGUUUCUGGAUAAAAAUACAAAAGACGAAAAUAAAACAAAAAAGUUACACUAACACUAGGAAACGACGAAAUACAGAAAACGCGAACAAAAGUAACGACAAAAAUACACACGUGUAGAAACGUCCGUCUGGCUCGAUGAAAACCGAUAAAAGGAAAAAACAAAUGCAACCUACAUUCAAACAAACAAGGAGAACAUAUUACACAUCCCACCACCGCGCGGUCCGGUGCCUAACCAAAAUAUUUGCGCUGUAGUAAUAACUCAGCCCUACCAAAGUGCCGUACCAAAAGAUAUUAACGUAGCUUUUUCCCCGCUCUCGCAUAUAAACUUGCACUUUCAUCAGUAGAACUUCAGCGCCCCUUUUACUGUAGCGUCAGUACCAUAGUGUGAUAUUUAGCAUUAGUGUAUAGUAUUGUUUAACAUCAGUGACCAGGUAUUUUAACUGUUUUAUAGAGUCAUUAUUGUAACCCUGUUCCAGAAUAAGAAAUUGUAAACCUUUUGCCUUAUUUUGUUAACACAAUGUAAUUUACCUUUAGGUACUAGUUUGUGAUUUUUAAUAAACCUUUAUUAUUAUUAUUAAUUUAGUUCGACCCAAAUUAGAGUUUGGUUCGUCUCAUGGAAUGUUCGACGUUUAACCUAGGCCUAAGUUUUCUUUAAAACUUAAAAACUUGUUUUUUUUUCUUCUUCGCUUCAUCCGACAGCUCUUCCUAGAUAAUCUGGGGACAUUUAUAAGCCAGGUGGAAUCUGUGAACUUUAUAAACUUAUUUCUUACUGACCUCAAGUGAGUACAAUUAUUAUUUUUUCCUCUCUGUCAUCUGUACAUUUUUUUUUUACUUAAUACGAGAGAAGCGUGUGAUACAUUCAGUAAAUAAUAAUAAUAAUAAUUUAUUACAUUUAAUAUAGCGCUUUAACUAUUAAAACAUUCUAAAGCGCUUAACAAUAUGUACAAGAUCGUUAGUGGCUCAGUGUGAAAGUUAACUAAUGUAGCGAAGUAUUGCGGUUUUCAUUUGUGACUUGUUUUACGGAUGACCCACUUGUGGUUAGUUGCAAAAUUCUCCUGGAGGGUUCCAUAACCGUGGAGGGUUUUGAAAGGUGGCUUCCGAGAGGCUUUUUUUUUUUCUUUUAAGGAAAGACCCACUUUCAGGAGAAACUGGGGUUCACGCGGCCGUCUCCUGCUCUCGAUGUUACUGGUGUUACAAAUCGAACUAAAGUAUUGCCUCACUUUAUUUAUUUAUAUUGUCUGUUUCUUUUUUUCUCGUUUUGAAGGGAGGAAGAUGUAACUGCAACGAUGUAUGCUGACUAUUAUUCGGAACCAAGACGGACGUAAGUUUUUUGUUAUUGUCGUAGAUCUCUUGAGGGUUUCACUUUCCUUGAAUUGCGGUGUAACGAUAUUGCUUUUUAAUUUCAACAGGUUGCUGGAGCCUGCUUCAGAGAACAGUAAAGUUGAUCGCGUCUGUGACGCGUUACGUCUUAUAUUAGAAACCGCCGGACACAACAAGUAUGUUAAAACUGAAUUCCAUCGUAAGAAAGGUUAAAGAUUACCAUAUUAUUGGUAUUCCCGAUAGAGAACUGGCUUUAGCUUGUAGCCUAUUACCAGUUUUCACUGUCACCCCAUCGAAAAUAAAAUAUAAAACAAUAUAUAAAGUCCAGAAUCUGGCAAAUAAAAGAAGAACAUCGCCACUAAGUUUUAGGUCUGUGCAAUUUUUCAUAUGUGAGAUAUUCGGAGAAUUGUUUUAGAUAAAUUUACAGAGCUUUAUAUGGAGCCCUUUGAGGGGUACCAACAUGACGGCCGUGAAUUUUUUGGUUUGCAACCACGUGACAAGGUAGGCAUGUUGGGGGUCAAUACAAUAGAAUUUUUUCUCGAAUAAUUUACAUGAAAAUAUAGUUUAGUUCCCAGAGGAGAGAAAUGUCUUCAUUCUUGACCAGCAAUUCAUUCCGCCUCGAGAAACUCAUUAACAUUAAAGUGAUACUCUUCGAAAUACAAGGACUGUUCAGAUGGCAAAAUCCCUCAGAAUAAGUCAUUUUUCAACCUACUAACAUGACAGUUCUCUCGGCCGCCACGUAAAUACCGUGUCACACAAAACUGGUUAGAAAUUUAAGCGUACUCUAUUACAAAACGAAGAACCCUUUAAAGUAAAAAAAUUGUGAAAAUAUAAGUUUUUAGCUGCUCCAACACUUCAUGAAAUUAAAAACUCUGGAGGAUCGAUAAUUCUUUAGUUUUGAAUUUUGGUAACUUCAUGUGAAAACCAAGAAUUAUUAAUAUAAACGAGAGAAGCGCUUUCAAGGGGAGCGCGAGGAGUGAUGGGAAGGAAGAACAAUGGGAGAGUCUCCCUUUCCUUUUCCUCCUUCCCAUCACCCCUCGCGCUCCCUUCGGUCAUGCUUCUCGCGUCCUGUCCCCCGCGCGUGAUUCCCGUAUCCAAAUAGAGAACACUGGGGACGGGUCAGGUCGGGUCUAAUGUGAAAUGUGACGUAAUCUUUUCAAGUGAAAAUAUUUGUAGCUGUUAAAAUUUUCUCCAAGUUAGCCUCGAUUGCAAGCUUGUACCAGUGCACUACCGAGGAUAUAAGUAAUUAUGAGGCGAACGUUAUUUCGUGACUGCUUUCGAUUGGGUUUCAGAACCUAAUUCGCUUUUUAAGAUAGGCCAGAGUAUUUACUUAAUUUGAGUUUUGCCAAUUUAUGAAACGUAACUUUGAGUCAAAGAGCCUUGAAGUGGUUUCAGCAGCUGGGUUCUCUGUGGCCAUUUACAAUGGUGAAUUCCAUACAGAUCUGUUGCUCUUUAAUCUGCAAUGAUGUGUUACGUUUUACAAUAUUUUCGCUAAAUACAACUUUUUAAUAUAUUUUUUUUUCAUAUUUUCUGUAGGUACCUUCUUUCCAUCUUAACGACGUACGUCAAGAAAACAAAUCCGGCGCUAGAAAAGGUUCUUUCCAUUAUCAAGGAUUUGAAAGGUAAACUUAGACGGAUGACAUUGCAGACUAAGGUAAACUAUACAAUCACGAAAACUUGUCUUUUGCCUUUUUUUUAUGACGUAUAACACAGAAUUUUAAGUCUCACUCGACGGUAGUUUCAAUUCACGAGCAAGUUGUCGUAAAGAACGAAGUCCUUGCAAUCGUGAUCUUAAGUCAAAUCUAAAGUUUCGUGUUUCAUUUCAUUUCAGCCAAUCCCGUCACCUCAGCGGCAUUUGACCCUGUGACGUCUGAGGAGGCCCUUAAAUACGUGCUGUUUCUUGUAGACGUCAAUCAAAUGUAUGACGUAGCACUUGGAAUGUACGACUUCGAGUUGGUUCUUAUGGUCGCCGAAAAGUCACAAAAGGUAAAGGCAUUGGGAUCAGUGAGUGUGUACCCUGCUAACAGAGCCCUUUUUUUCACUUGCUCGAUGAAAGAAUCGACAUGAAUCGAGUAAGAUCUUUGUUGAGCAUGUGCUGCUUGUUGCUGGGAUACAGUUUUGAACCCAGGCCUAACAGCUGUGCGCUUAGUACAGCGGGCUCAGUUAUGACCACUGGUUUGUCAAUGAACGGAAGCUCAUACUCGAAAAACCAGUUUGACGAGGGAAAACAAGAUUGACUAGUCCAACGGUUCGGGCUUCGGCGACUUCAAAGGCUUGACGUGAUUAAGGUAGAGCAUCCUUUUCCCCUCUUCACUCAAGAAGGGUGCUACUUUAAAAAAGGCUGAAGCGCUAGUUUAUAAAUAUGCACAUUUGCUGCACAGUGCCUUCUUGUCGCCAAGGUAAACUUUUGAGAUUCCCAGGCCGGCGAUCUCUACAUCAAGUUUUUGUGAAAGACUUCACAUAGGAAUCGUAAAUAUCUAUACUACACUCGUGUGGAAAAUGGGUUCUUGCUGAGCCUGCGUAGAGGGCGAUUUCGUUGGAGCGCGACAAGGAUAAUUCGUUGUGAACCCGAAAACAUUAUUUUUUGUCAUUUUUGUUAUCCUUGACCUUUUCAGGAUCCAAAAGAGUAUCUUCCGUUUCUAAAUAAUCUUCGAAAAUUGGAGACGAAUUUACAGAGAUACACAAUCGACAAGUAUCUGAAGCGCUACAGCAAGGCCAUUCAUCAUCUGAGCCUGUGCAGUAAGUUAAUAAAACAUUCCUGGGUAGCUUGUGUCAUGUGGUGCACAGAUUACAUAGUGUGCACUACGGAGUUACGGUGUAUUGAUGUGAAUAGAAGACAACAAUACACCUUUUCCAUAUUCCGCUCCAGUGAACAAAUAUAAAGAAAUGAGGUCGAGGCUCACGUGGACAAUUUCAUUCAAAUCACUGUAUUUUGUCCACCCAAGCUUCAAGUAGGUGCCUUUUGUUUAACAGACAAACAAACAAGACACAACAAAACGAAAGAAAACGUGUUUCUUACGAAAGCGUGGAGAACUAGGGCUUUUAUGAAGCGUUGAACUUUUUAUUUUGUUGUUGUUGUUGUUGUUGUUAUUGUUAUUAUUAUUAUUAUUCAUUAAUAUUAUUAUAUUUUAGGUGCGGAACAUUUUGAGGAGCUCGUCUCAGUGGUAAAGGAACACUGUUUAUUUAAGGAGGCACUGAAGCUUUACCCAAAAUCUAGUGAGCAGUACAGGGUAUGCACGCUAACCCUUUUAUUUCGCCUUUUAAGACGGUUUCUACUUAUUUAUUAGUGGACUGUUGGAGCUGUUUUUAGUUACAUUUGAAAGAUGCUGGUAUAGAUCACGGUUUUCUUGACAACGCCGUCUUUAACCAGAAACAAACCAUAUCAGGUGUCUCGUACCCGUUUGCGCUAAAUUGUUUUUAUGACGGUAUUGUUAGUCAGUGGCUUCUUUAUAGGAACAAGGAAAUUCCAACACGAGAGAGGACUAGGGACAAGACAGCGACUGACUUUCUAUUUCUAUACGCCCCCUUUUUUUCCACAAAGUGGUUUUAGGUUUUCGUAUCGUAUGGUAGAACAGCCGACCCUCUCCAAGUAAGAGAGAGGAAUUGCUUGAAGAAAAGUAGCGUUUAUGUUAACUGACGCCAGGUGUUUUUUGUGUAGGCGCUGUCGAUUGCUUAUGGAGAGCACCUUUUUGAAAACAAGAGACACGAUGAAGCUGGGCUAGGUAUCUUGCUUUUAACUUCGUCUCUGAAAAGAUUUGAGGUGUUGUGAGUCUUACCUUAUACAUUAUUAUUUUGAUGUGUGAUAUAUAUUUUAUUUAGUGUUUACUCGAUGUGGAGCUUACGAAGAAGCGUUGUCGUCUUUUCAAAAGAGCGGAAACUGGAGACAAGUGUUUUGCAUGGCUUCUCUCUUACGUCAUACGGAUGAACAAGUGAUUUCAUUGGCCAGAUCUGUGGCAGGUAUGAACAGCCUCUGCGUGCCGUUUCAUGAGAAUGCUAAGCCGGUUAUCUUUAAAAUGAUCACAGUCAGAGGUAUUGCAACCCAAAGCAUUUGCGAAACUCUAUCGACACUUUAAAAAAAACGUUUUGUCAAAAAGUACAUUUUACGGUCAUUGUUUGUUCAAAUUCGUAAUUGGCGCUAUUGAGCUUCUCUGUAUGGGUACCUGCGUCGUUGUUUUCGUUGCGCUUUUUCCAUCAAAUCGUCGGCUUUUCAACGAAAUCUUCGUAUAUCAAAAAUUGUUUUGCUUCUUAACGCCUGUUGCGAGCUCGAGCUACCACGACCACGUCGACAGAAACGAGAAAAUAACAGGCGGGAGCUUACGCAACGGUGACAGCGACGGCAACGCAAACGUCAGAAUUAGCAAAACAACAACUUUGCACGUGAAUCACACUUUUUGUACAUUUCUUUACCGUCACUGCAUGACUACGACGUGAACGUUCUUGUUGUUACGCAAAGUUUGAAACCGGUCAAACUUUUCAGCCAACAACUUCCAACUUUUUUUUGUUCCGUGAUCGCCGAAGCGUAGCGCAACAAUGUUGGAUCCGUUUGCACAGCUCUUCCAACAUUGUUGGGUCACGCACGCUCAUUACGCAUGGUUUACAAAGACUUAUGGGUUGUAUCCUUCCCACGAUGCACUGCAGGUCCUAACAUUGUUGGGAGUUGUUGUAUCCGUUUGCAGACCACUGCCAACACGCACGCAACAACUCCCAACAUUGUUGGCGCAACAAUGUUGGGAGUUGUUGCGUCCGUUUGCGCGCAGCCUUAGUGAUCCAUACAGGGCGGUGCCUGUACUCUGGUGCUCUUACGUUAGUUAAUAGGAAACCUUUCCCAGCACUUUUUUAGUUUGUUUUCUCGUUGGAUUUCCUCUCACCCAUGUCGAGUGUCUUAUUUUAUGUGAGUUUUAACUUGUUACAUUUACAAUAGGUUAUUUGAAAGGACACAAGCGGUCUCUCGAAGCUUCCAGAGUAUUGGAGGAAUAUGCCAAGGUAAAUUGAACUUGCAAGAGUAGAAACAGUCGUGAGAUAGAUGUUAAGAAUUUCUUUGUGCAAGGUUUUUUCAAUGGCCGGACUUUGUUUAAAUAUAAAAUUCGUAGGAGGAAACAGGUAUGCCUGCCACCAAUAGGGAAAUUAAGCAAAGACGUUUUUGAGCAACGCACGCUAACCGGAAAUGGAGUUUGUUUUUUGCGAUCAUGGGCAGUGUCUUUGCCCAAAUUUCCGGGCAAAUCGCCUCUUUAAUAGUUAGCUAAAGAAAUGGAAGCGUCAAGGCAUAUCAAAAAGGAAAAUACUUUCAGUUGACUUGCGUCGCCCAAAAACGUUUUUGCUCAACUUUCUAACGUCGACUUGGUUCGAGUCCCGGCAUCGACGCCAUAUAGUGUGGGUUGAGUUUGUUGUUAUUUUCUUUCCCUGCUCCCCCGAAAGUAUUUUUUCUUGAAGUGGAGCAGGGUGGGGGGUGGCGUUCCCCGUUUUCCCCUCAUCUCAAAAACCAACAUUCCAAAAUCCAAAUUCUAUUUGAUCUGUAAAGGGUCUCCAAUUAUUUGGCGAAAAUUAAAGGACCAAAGGUUUAUCACAUCUUGAACUAUCAAGUGUCACCCGUUCCAAAUAAAGUUAGUUUGUUUGUCCAGUUGUUUGAUGUAAGGAAUCGUUAAAAGAGUUACUCAAUACGAUGGUUGACGGGCCGUCUUGUCUUCUUUAUACUCUAAAUUUUGCUAUCUUUGCCAAGUAAACUGGACUGUUAUUUUUCAGGACCCCGAGGAAGCCAUUGCCGUUCUUAUUGACGGAAUGCAUUGGGAGGAAGCCUUAAGACUGGUAAGUUCACUCAGUGAUAUCAUUAGAGAGCUUUAGAUUCUGAGACGAGGACGACUACGAGUACGAGAUUUUCCCAAUACUAAGUAGUGCGCGCGCGGACUUGGUGUAGUCUCCCGGUGCAGUCAAAGAUAAAAAUAUUUAAUAUGAAAGAGACGAGAAGGCUCAGUUCUUUGUGAAUAUUCUUAAUGUGAAAAGAAAGUGUAGAAAAGGAGUGGAAGGCGCAUAUUUGCAAGUUUUCUCCAAUGUGCUUCAGGGUUAAAGUAAUUCUCAAGAUUGUUUUUCGCUGAACGAGGUUCGACUCGAAUUAACUAAAGCUUUUUUCAUAUUUCAGAUGUAUAAGAAUGAAAGGACAGAUAUCUUGGAGACGCACUUGAAAGGCGCCUUGGAGGAAGGUUUGUUCAGUAAUCUUGAAAAAUUCGUAACCAACAGAACUGAGCUUAUCCAAACAGCGUUACUUAGCUUCUACCGGGAUUACAUAGUGAUUAACAUAGCAAAACUUGAUCCCUUCAGGAAGACAGUCAGUGCGCAUGCGCCACAUAGGUCAAGAGUUACUUUUGAUUGGCUGAAAAAGUAUCGCGAAAUUUUUCAGCCAAUCGCAAAUUAUGGCAGUGUAAAACCAAAACAAUCAAUAACUUACCAGUAGAUUGAGAGAAAUCCCUUGUUUGUCUUACGGAUAGUAUUUUGCUCGCUCUACUAUCCCUGAAGAAAAUGUGGGUCUACUUGCCACAGAAAAUUUGACUGUUGCUCGUAAAUUAUGUUAAAACCUUUAAACUUGCAACUGUUGCCUGGCUUUAAACCUACACAGCUUUAUUCCCUUGUAGCUUAUAACCACCACAUCAGCUCAAUAGAAGAACAGAGGGAGUUAUUUGAAAAAUACACCAAGAGACUACAGGUGGUUAGAGAAAUAAAAGAACAACAAAAUAUAGAAUUCCAAGGUAUGUCAUUUACUGUCCUUAUACUCUCCUUAAAUAAGUAGCCUGGGAGGCAGACGCACUAAUAUUUCCGGUCAUCGCUCUUUCCGCCUGAAAAGUCACGUUUGCAAAUGUUACUUUUCGGGUGCAGAGAUGCGCGGCGACGAUCGGAAAUACUUCUGCGUUCGCAGGUUAUGAAUGAGUUGCUUAACUAUGAAAACUGAAGGCGAAACCGGCUUUUACUACAUAGAUCUGGUAUUUACAGAAAAUUUUUUGUCUCUGUUUACGUUAACAGAGAGUGGAGUGGUACGAGAUGACACAGAUCUUUACUCUGACACGAGCAGCGUGGGAGACAAUUCAGAAUACGCUUCUAGUACCAGUUCACGCGGGUCGAGAUCGUCAGGGUAGGUACCAGUGAAGACUUUUGCAAAAAAAUACUCUAUUACCAGAAAUCUUAACUCUGCUUCACGCCUUGUAUUUGAAUAAAGCAAAUUUUGUCAUAUUACACCAUUGCUAAGGGCCCUGCACUUGUUACCGGUCGCGUAUCGCACAGUUUUUAAAAUCUUAUUGUUAACUUUAAUGGCAUUCAUAAACUCGCUCCGACUUACAUUUCCGAACUUGUAUCUAUUAAAGACACUGGGAUCAGAUAUUAUUUAACGUUAAAUGACGGCAUACCUCUUAUCAACCCAACUUGCAAGUCUUUUACCGGCACCCUGGGGUGAUCGAUCUUUUCAUAUGGCUGCCCCAAAAUUAUGGAAGGAUCUUCUCCUUUUUCAUUAGAAAUAUAUAUCUUCAGUAAUAGGUUUUAAAAAGGCGCUAAAAACAAAUUUUUAUCAGAAGGCGUUUCCUAGCUAAUUUAUUUUUAUUAUUUUAAAUUUUUUAUAAAUUUUAAUUAUUUACUAGCAUUUGUAAAUAGGAUGUUAAGAAAUAAUUAGACAUUUUUUUUAGAAUUUUUCAAUUAUUAUUUUUAUAAAUUAUUUAGCAGAAUUGUAAAUAGGAUUUUAGGAAUAAAUUGGUCAUUGGUUCAGAAAUUUUAGAAUUAGGAUAUGUACUAGGAAUGUAUUUUGUUAUUAUUUUUUUAUAAAUGUAGAUUUUUUUAAUAGGAUUUGUAAGUAGGAUUUAUGUAACGCGCAGGUGAAUUUUUUUUCUUCAUUGACAUUUGCGCAAUACAAUUUAAUUGAUAUUAUUAUUAUAUUAUUAUUAGAUCUUCGCCGUCACCGAGCACUACCCUGCGUCCAAAUGUGAAUUAGGCUUUGGAAAGAUGUUGUUAAGGUUUCGCCGAAGCGCUUCUAUUUAUCGUGUCGUUCUCAAAACACUAUUACGGAGUUUUAGCACCGAAGACGGCGACGUUAGCGAAAACGUCACUUUAAAAAGGAAUUCGCAUUUUUUUCAAACUUUCCCGUGUUUAUUCCAAUUCGCUUGAAAUGUCAAAAGUGGGUGAAUUUUCCUGGAUUUGAUUUCUUGGGUACCGCACUAAAUUUCAAAAAGAGAAAGAAAAAUUCGUCGUGGCUUGUUUGUGUCCUCCGUAAAACGUGAAAUUAUGCAUUCUCACGUCAUAGUCGUGCAGAGACAGCAGAGAAAUGUACCAGAAAAGUAUGAUGCACGUGCAAAUUUGUUGUUUUGCUUAAUAAGCCUAUUGCUUUUUUGACGUUCUCGUUGCCGUCGCUGUCGUCGUUGCUAAAGCUCCCUGUUGUCUAUGACAGGAGAUCUUCAAAAAACCGUCGCAAGGCAGCAAGCAAGAUAUACAGCUUGAAAGAAGGAAGCCGAUUUGAGGACUUCGCGUUGAUGAAAGCUCUUUCGGAUAUCAUUCAAUCCGUAAAUAAAUCCACCGGUAUGAACUCACUGCAGCUUCUUUCCUUUACCCUUCCCUCCCUUUUAAAGAGGCCGCGUGCUAAGUGGCCAACGCGUCGGCCCCGCAAGCGGGAGGUCCUGCCCGGAGUAGUCAAUCGAUAAAAAUCGAUAGCAAUCACUGAAGUGAUUUUUGUCGAUUGAUAACGGAAAUCUAUCAAAAUCGAUAAACUAAACUGCUGUGUCAAAUCGAUGUUAUCGAUUUUUUAUGAUUUUAACGAUUUAUAACGGUAAGUCCGACAUUGUUGUUUUUUGGCAUAAGUGAAAUAGUACAGCUGAGAAAACACAUCCACGAGUAACAACUGAUCAACAAACAUGAAAAGAAGAAAUGUGGAAACUGAAUUCUCUCUAAAACCGUGACCCUUUUGUACAUAUUAACAGAAACGGUUCGGUUUAAUUACAUUCGCAUUUCUCGCAGGAGGGUACCACGAGAAAUACAACCUUAGAUAAAAGAUUCCCCAGCCUGAAUUUCAGCCAUCCUCUAGAGUCGAAGAGAUGCCCGAAAUUCAGACUAAAAGAUUCCUCUGGAUAGCUGUUCACCCUUUUCCGUUAUCAAUCGAUAAAAUCACUUGAUCGCUAAUGAUUUUUAUUUAUUGGCUACUCCGGAAAUAAUUAAGUUCUUCUUGUAUUGCUAACUGUAUUCUCCGUAGGUUUCUGAUUACCCAGUUUCUUGCAACUGAAGCUUUGGGCAAGAAUACCUUUGCAGAUAAGAGAUAGUCCGUCGGCAGUUUUCCCCUAUUUGCGGGUCAACUUUCACAAAUUUGUUAGCGUUGCAUUUUAAGGUUAACUUUGACCAGCUAUUUGUGCAGCGAGUUCUACGGUCACGAUUGACCUCAAACUUGCAGAUAUAAAACUAGAGAACUCUGAGGUUUAUUUGCUGAAGUUAAAGAAAAAUCUGUGUUAGGGUUUCGAAGUUAUUGAAAUUUUUUGUAAAAUUGUGGUUUUAAACAUAUGCCGAUAUCUCAAACGUUUUGAUACCUACAAGAAAAUAAAAAACAGUGUCUUAAAGUGCGACCAUUCUUUAUUAAGGAUGCCAAAAAUAAUAGAAAUCGGUCAAUAAAAGAAAUAAUAGAAAUCGGCAUAUAAAUAGGUUCGGGCCACCUUAAAGGCUAUAAGUAACGGCUUUUAAAAGCUCCGAAUUGACUUAUAACAGCGAUCCACGCGAUGUGGCCUCUUAUAAGAAGAAUCUUUAGGAAAUCACGUUACCUUCUUAUAAGGGCUUUACUUUGCUUACUUGCAGAGGACGUAGCUUCGUUACUCAAAAUGAUGGUGUUAUUUGAUCAUGAAGAGCAAGCUGGACUCCUUCAGACCAACUUUCAACAACUUAUCACAACGAUAGAACAAUCUAUGAAUAUAAUUUGGCCGCCAGAGGAAGCCUCAGUCAACCAGGCUCAAAUAUCACAGGUUGGUACGGGAGGAGAGAAAUGUCGACCUGAGUAAUCAUUUUAUUUUGACGUCCGCUUGAAGAUGGCGGUCAUGAUCCCGGUGGGUACUCCUGGGAAUUCUUGGUGGGGGUGUGCUACCCGGUUCUCCAAAUCCUGACCCUAUUUCAGACCAAAAAAUAUAAUUUUCCAAACCCGUUUUCAGACCAGACCUCUAAAAUCCAUACCCAUUUUCAUACCUGGCCCUUAGGCAUAAAUUAUGUUAUCAUUACUUAAAUUACCCAAUUACCAAUUGUUAUCAUUACUUAAAUUACCCAAUUACCCAAACAAAAAAAUUCGUCAAAUCCAUUUCGAAUUCGCACAUUUCUCCUUCUUUCUUACUCAUUUAGAAUUGAAACGAUGAAUACGUUGAUUCACUCCCAUAGUUCGCUUGAAAACCAUACCCGAUUCCAGACCAAAAUGGACAAAUUGUAUACCCUUUUUCAGACCAAAACGGCGCAAAAACUCUACCCGAUGGGGUGGCUCAUACCUAUAUGGCUUAUAUAAGGGACUACCCCCCCCCCGGUGGGGGGGUCAUGAAGCACAUUUUAAAAGCUCACAUUGUAGUGAUCAUACUAUGAAAGUGGAAAUGAUCCUCGCAGUAGAAUAAACAACCUAAGCGGUUGAAAAAGAACCUGAAAAAAUUCAGGCUUGUCUGGGAAUCGAACCCUGACUUUUGCGAUUGACCUAUCCUGUUCAGGGCUCCAAGACAGUACUGUAAUAGAGACCUUAAGAUCCAACGACGGCGACGACAACGGGAACGCCACAAAAGCAAUAGGUUUAAUACCUAAAACAACAACUUUGCACGUGCAUCACGCUUUUUUGUACAUUUUUUUGCCAUCACUGCACGACUACGACGUGAAAAUGCCUAAUUUCACUUGCACAGAGGAAGUACACAAGCGACGACGAAAUUUCCUCCCUCUUUCUGAACUUGGAUAUGGUUCUUAGGAAUUCAACUUUGGCAGCUUACAUUUCACAGACUUAGUGACUUAGGGUAAUCGCUAUGAAGAUUGAAAGAAUGCGAAUCGACUUUUUCAGCGACGUUUUCUCUACCGUCGCCGUCCUCGGAUCUUUAAGUCCCUAGUGCAGUAACGACGACGGCAACAGCAGCGAAAACGUCACCCAAAAAGUGAAUUCGCUCUGCUUCAAACUUUAUCGCUCUCUUUCCAAUUCUUUAAAUUUGUCAAAAUGUUGGCAAUUUUUUCAGGAGCUGAAUUCGAAAGGACUAUAUCUAAGUUCACAAAACGAAAAAGAAAAUCGUUGUCUUGGGUUCACGCCCUCCAUAGAACGUGAAGUUUCACGUCGUAGUCAUGUAUUGAUGGGAAAGAAAUGUACAAAAAGGCGUGAUGCACGUGCUGAGUUGCAGUGACGGCAAAGAAAUGUACAGUUAAGUGUGAUGCACGUGCAAAGUUGUCGUUUUGGUUGUUAAACUUAUUGCUUUUUUGACGUUCUCGUUGCUGUUGCCGUCGUCAUUGCUAAAGCUUUGUCAGUCUUUAAACUGACGUGUGGGUAGCGCUUCAUGUAAACCUGACUUUUGCAUUAUCUCUCAGCGUUCUUUGCACGAACUGCACGUGCAGUGUAUGCAAACGUGCACAUCGUGCAAGGAGCAAAAGGUAUUGCAAAAGUCGGGUUUACAUGAAGCAACACCCAAGAGAAAUUAAAUAGAUAUUAUGGUAUUUUUCGCUUUGACCAAUAGAAAUGCGUAUCGUUAAUCAGUGUCUAUCCGACCUUACGCCGUAUACUACCUUAUCCAAAGAUAAACAGGCCCACAGGCCUUGUCACCAAUACAAAGACUCACUACAGCCAGGACCCGUUUUUUAGAAAAUCGCCCUAGUGACAACAGGUCAUUUGGUGCAAGCCAAAACGCAUGAAAACGUGAGCUUCUUUCCAAGCAUGCGUGAGCAACGUGCCAGGCAUUGAGAAAGUCACGUCACGCAAGUCACGACUGACUUUUACUUUGCACGCACCUUGCUGUCAUUGGUCAAGGUCCGACCUGAACUCGUGAAGAGGUAUAUAUUUUUAAAGAAUACUCUUAUGCAACUGAUAGUGGAAUAAAAUUCCGUAUUUUUUGCUUAUAAUCCCUGUGAAAGGUGACAGGUCCAGGAGCCACAGUGAACAGUAUCAUUGCAGCUUUGAGGAGCGACCAGAACAAUGCGUCAUUUAAGCCAAAAGGUAUUACCUCUUUAGUUCGCACAUUACUCUUCAGAGAGAAGUUUCUUCCACGUACUAUACGCGAAUCCUUGUUUACAUUUUUUGCCUCAUUAGCAUAGGCUUAUCAUUAUCUAAUGAAGCUAAUAAAAUGAAAUUUCUGAAUAUUGAAAGAGCAGAACAGUUUCAGUUGUCUCUGAAAAUUUGAGCCCGAUAUACCGAAUAGUUUCGAAGAAAUUCGUUUUGAAAAACCCCACAAUUUACAAAGAAUGUAUGAGCUCAUUAUCGUUUUGUCACCCAAUAAUUUUGCAGUUUUUAAUUGUUGCUAUUUUCUUUAUUACUGAUUGCGAAGAGCUGAAAAUUGCACAAAUUGCAUAACGUAACCAGCUCUUUUGAUAUUUGAACCUAAUUGGUAUAUACGGUACAUCUUCUAUAGGUUAACUCGUAUGCUAACGAGCAAAAAUGUAUGCCAUCGUGACUUAGAUUUGCAGUAAAACUUUGGAACUUAAAGUCCGAGGCCACCAUUGAAAUUUACGAAGUGAUAAAAUUAUGCUGUUGUAAUAUCGCGGAACUCGGAGUGAAAUUUAAUUGAAAGGGGACCGUAACUUCGAACGAUUGUUGCUGCUACAAAUAUCUGUUAUAACCGUUCAUCAGUAAGAUACCUACAAUGCGUACAAUUCAAACGAUUCUAAACGUUCAAUUCAUUCGUGCCUCUUUAAUACCCUUUCCUCUGGUUUUACCGUCACAUACUGAUUAAAGCACGACUGAGGCCCGGUUCAGACGCCGAACUUUUCAUGAGCCGAAUCUAAUACAUUGAAGAAAGUACAUGAAAAGUUUGGCGUCUGAAUCGACCAGGCAGGACUGGGAACGCCUAUUUCAAUUUGAAACGACUCAGCCGUUCUUCUCGCCUAGCCCGGCCGGGAAUUUCGACUUUAGAACGACUUUGGAACGGCUUUGAUUCAGAAGCCGACCUUUUCAUGUGCCGAACCUAAUACAUAAAUCCUUAUAACGUAUUUUGCAAGCGGUUUAACCGAAAUGAGCAUUUUUCUGCCUUUGAAUUUAGUUCCGCUGGACUUAAAGAUCGGCGUCUGAAUCAAUUCAAGCGAAUUCAGCCGGUCUAAAUUAUUUGGGUCGGCCUUGAUUCGAAUUAGGUUCGGCUCAUGAAAAGUUCAGCGUCUGAACCAGGCCUGAGUCAUUUCUAGGUGGCAGGUUCUUCCCCAUCAGCUUAUUAAAAGUUAUCAAGGAGCUUAAGUAACGAAGAAGGCCACGGCAACGACAAAAUCAACAAAGCAGUAGGGUUAAUAAGCAAACAAAAACUCUGCACGUGCCAAAAAUCGUUGUCGUGUGUGUUCAGUAAUGCGGGUACAAAAAAGCGUGCAAGUGCAAAGUUUUGUUUUGCUUAUCUAAAGCCCGCCGGUCCACACAAAUCCGGACAUUUUUAAAGCACUUUUCUUUUUAUCCGGAUUCGUGUGACCGGGGGUUUAAACCACUCCGGAAAGCGGUGAGCGGAUUUACUGGUUUCACGUGGGCGUAAGGUCGAUUCAUGUCAAAUGAUAUCCGGUUCAAUAAUAUCGGAUUCGUGUGGACGCAGCUGUUGCUUUUUUGCCGUGCUCGUUGCCGUCGUCGCUGUCGUUGCUAAAGCUCUCUACUAACGGGCAUUGCAGAGAUAAAGAGACUGAGACGAUUAUCCAAGUUGACAUUGGAUAAUUUUUAAAUCCUGUAGAUGAACCUCAGAUGCCGAAACCACCGGUUGUCAAAAUACCCACGUGCUGGAAAUUAGAGCAACUCCAGUCAUAGCAUUAUAAUCGUCAUGGACGCAAGUUAAUGAGAUACUCUGCGAAACUCUCUCCCCCUCUCUCUGAUGGACUGCUCAAAUCCAACGAGUAAAGAGACGGAUGGCAGUCUACCGAAGCUUUGCUUUAGGACGCCCACUUAUUCUCGUUCCCUUAACAGGGAAU